CCAACCUAAUUAUAAUGAUAUUUGUAUAUAAAAUAAUAUCAAAAAUCGGAAUAGUUGUAUAGACCCACCAAGCUCCGCUAUGGUAGGUAGGCACGCAUCAAUUACGCACCUACGAAACACAAGCUUACAAUUACAUUUUUUGGCACAGCCUUGCCCCCUUCCCGUUCCUUAGAGCUAAUACAGAUACAUAAAACCCACCAACACCCCGCGUCUUUUUCCCACUUGCAAAUCAAUUUUUCCCCUCCAUGUCAAGAAACUUAUUCCGAACAGCCCAGUCUACUUCUAGGCAAUCUCUUUAUAGACCGUCGCAUAUCUCAUCAUUGAGGCAGUUUCAUACUACGUCGCCCAGAAUGACUGUACACAACUACCAGACCGCCGACUCCUUCAAGGAGGCCGUCAAAGUUAACAAGGUCGUCCUGCUCGAUUGCUUUGCCACCUGGUGCGGUCCUUGCAAGGCCAUUGCUCCUAUCCUAGCGAACCACUCGAACGAGGAGCAGUUCAAGGACAUCCAUUUCGCCAAGAUCGACGUCGACGACCUGCCCGACCUAGCCCAGGAGCUCGGAGUCACCGCCAUGCCUACCUUCCUGCUCUUCAAGGACGGCGAGUUGGCGCCUGCUGAGAAGCUCGUCGGCGCGAACCCUAACGCGCUCGUUACGCUUCUCAAGAAGAACGCCGCCUAAUUGGUGACCCAUUCGUUGGGUGGGGUCGGUCGGUUGAGAACGAAGUAUGAAUAGAGGGGCGUACGAACUUGGCGUCGGCCGAGAAAGGAUAUCCCACAGAGUUCGAGGUCGCAUUCAUCGGCACGGGUGGUCGCGGAGGAGGCUUUGUCGCGCUCAUGCGUAUGGUUUCUGCUUUGUGAAUAGAGUAGGGUUUACCCAAACCUGAAUGAAUGAAUAAUUCCUACUGCACAGAGUAUUUCAGCCAUGAUGUCUUGUGAUAUCGAUAUCGACGGAGCGGCGAAUGUCUUUUAGGUAAUAUUUGUAAGUUGAUAUUGUCGAAGACAUCGGGUGAUGAAGCCUGAUCGCUUACUGGUAGUGACAUAUUCAAUCUUUAGAAUCGAAAAAGUGAAGAUGAAAGGCUAAUAGCUGUUUUUAUGCAAUGUAGAAACUAUUUAACAUGUCUUCUUAUAUUACUUCCAAGCGGAAGACAGUAUCCAAU